CGGGUCGUGGUGGUCGCGGUAUCCCAAUACGCACACCGUGUCCAGUCUGGCCAGUUGUCAUCAUAUCUGCCGUGGAACCAAUAUGUGGAUGAUCGGUUACGAUACGAUACAAAAAUGUGUUUGCACUAACGCACAGACUUCUCUGACAAACAAUGGUUGCACAGUAUGUGACGAUAUCAUUUGUGGCCCUGGCCCUGGCCGGUAUAUUGCUGUAGCUGUUUAUAGCGUUUUGACCGAUGUUUCUGUAGAGAGUAGAGAUUCCAAUAAUACCGAUUAUUUAUGCCAAGCAUCCCCAUCCAGCUCUAACCAAUCAGUUUGGGUGAUGUGUGAAGAUGUUACACGCCUAAAUUAUAAAAGGAAUGUAUGGUGCAGAAGUUCUGCAGGGAAGCCAUAUAUUUCGAUUACGACAUUUACUAACUGGGAUGCGGCUAAUGAUCACUGCGCAGAUAAAUUUCACUACCCAUCGUCCGCCGAAGGUUAUAGUGGAAACAGCAAUACAAAGUUGGCGUUUACAAAUAUUCGUCGAGAGUGGACUCUGCACACAGCGAAAAGUAGGUUCAGUGGUCCACGAAUGUUUGCCUACAUAACAAACGGAUCAACAGAGAUAAAGUUUUCUAGCAGUUCAAAGGAGGACAGGAAGUACUUCUUAUGCGAUGGGACUCGACCAAUAGUCACAACCACGACGUCUACAACACUAGCUUCAUCACCGAAAGGAUCGUCAACUGCAGCAACAGCAGCAGGAGUUUCAGUUGCAGUCGCACUUGCGGUAGCAGCUGUUUUGAUCGUUGUUGGCCUUAGAAAAAAAGGGAAAUUGUGCUUCGCAAUCACAAAGGGUUCGACAUAUGAAAACACAGACAGCAAUCACCACAUAUCGUUAGCGAGUAUAGAAUCCAAACCAAACGCAUCCUACCCUGAGUCUACACAUAACGGUUCCUUUCCCGGACCAGUGUCAAACCAUACAUAUUGUGAACAUCAUACCAAAACUGGUACGUCUAAGGAUCUAUGCACCUCAACAGACACAGACGUGGCCUAUCAAAACACCAAUAGAAACCUGGGACUUGCAGCAUCAGAGGUUCACAGCCAUUUUGACCUAGAGAAAGACGGAUUUGAACACCAGAGACAGGCUAUCACGUCCGUUCCAACAGACGUUCAUGACUACUUUGUUCUAGAGAAACAGCAAUCAGCUUAUGGCGAUGAAAAUGGCGGUCCAAAGAACAUAUUGCACGCAAAUUUCGUUCAUGCAAAACAAGGUUUAAGUCGGUCGACUCAUGAAAUGCCUUCAAACGAAGCUAAUCCUUAUUUUGUGUUAGAGAAACAGACCACGCUUAACUCAACACCAAUAAAUACAGCAUUUUCACGUGAUUUGGCUAACGAAGAUAGAGAUAUGUAUCAAGAGAUAGAUUUGAAUGACACAUACGCGGCGAUUGGUGAUUCACGAGAUGACAACAACGAUUACGAUAACACAAACAAGGCAUUUAAGCACUCAAAAACGGACUUCUCAGACAACGUAUACAACCAUCUUAACACUGCUGGCGACGAUUAUGAUCAUGUUGGCAAAGUACACAACAAACUUUAAAGCAAUAGCAAAUGUCUAUGACGUUACGUCUAGUGCCGUGCAAUUAUAAACAAGGCUACGGACAACCAACUUCCCGUAUGUUAUAUCACGAAAUUCAGAAUGUCAUCAAAAAGGCAAAGUGCCAAACUUUAUUCGGCAUUUUUGAAUUAAGGCAGUUUUAACUGCUCCAUUUUCCUUCUGUUAAGAAAUGAAUAAGCAUAAAUACAAUUGUAUUGAUCGUUAAACAAAUUAUUAGCUCAAAAGUUCAUUAAGUUUGGUAUGGAUAGGAUGAAACUGUAACACUUGAGGGCGUAUGCGCCAGUUUAGUUUCACGCAAAUUUGUUUUUACUGUAACACCAGUGUUUGCUUUUUCGGAUAAAAACAAGAUGUUGAUAAUAUAGUAUGAAGCCAAGUAAAAUUGAUUGGACAAUCUGUGUUCCCCGAACUGCACAAUCAGAAUCGGACAAUGAUCCCAUAGACUACACAAACCUUUUGUGUCGCGUACUUGUAACGACAGGGCAUGUCUUGAAUCGAUCGCACUUAUAUUUCAGCUAUUUUCUAGUUGUAAUUUUUCAAACAACGGCUAAAGAUAUCAAAUUAACUUUCAUCUGGAUUUGUUUUAGAUUAUUUGCUAGCUAAAAGCUUGUUGAGUUAAUGCAUUAAGAUGAUUUCCUGUUUAUUGUGCUAUUCAUAAAUUGGAUGUUACUUGUUGUUACAUGAUAAAUGUUUAAUAUGCUAGUACUAAACCAGCAUUUUCUAUUUGUUUACAUGUAAUAAAACUUUACUUAUAAGUUAUAAUAUAUUGUGUUGAACAAACUGAAUACUUUUCUGCAUUAUACUUGUUUUCAUACAUGGUUAAUGGGACAUAAUGCAUUGAUUCCACAGUUUUUCAAAAGAUAACAUCACUUUGUUAGUGCAUGUACAUGUACAUAAAUAUUCUUGUAAGUUUAUUACAGUGUUUUAUAAUUUCUUAUUGUGUUACUAUUCCUAAACAUGCAAAUAAGUGAUUGAAGUGUUUUUUAUCGCAAUACAUUACCAUUUACCUUGUUAUAUAUGUACUCAAUACAUGUAUAUAUACAUCAUUUGCAUGCUUCUGCUAUCGGCUAAGCAUAGAGAGACAAUCAUUUAAAUAAGCUCAUAUGAUUACUAAUACAUCUUUGUUUGUUUUAUGUGUUAUUGGCAUGUGUAAAU